UUUCAGUCACCCAGGUGGUGCGGCAGGUGGGCCAGAGGAGGGCUGGCAGCCUGCCAACCACAAGGGGCAUUCUCUUCCCUUCCAGGCUGCGGUCACAAAGGACCAGUAAGGCUGUGGCAAUACCAGUAACUGAGAAUGGCCCGGGCCCUGGAACAAGCAGAUGGCAGAUGGGCCUGGGUGGUCCUCCUAUCCUCCCUGGUGACGCAGGCCCUCACCCUGGGCUUCCCCACCUGCAUCGGUGUCUUCUUCACUGAUCUGCAGCGCGACUUUCAGGCCAGCAACAGUGAGACCUCGUGGUUUCCUUCCAUCCUGGGAGCCAUGGUCCACGGUGGGGGACCCCUGUGCAGCAUCUUGGUCAAACAUUUCGGCUGCCGAGUGACCAUGAUGCUGGGGGGUGUGCUGGCCAGCCUGGGCAUGGUAGUCAGCACCUUCUCUGGCUCGCUCACCCACCUCUUCCUCACCGCAGGAGUGAUCACAGGGCCAAAGGCGACAGACACGGAACAUGAGCCAAGAGCCCUACUCCACGCGGAGGUGGAAAGUCCUACCAAGUCCCUGAGCUGAUGUCCCCUCUCGCACUGCAGGCCUGGGCAUGUGUUUCAGCUUCCAGUCGAGCAUCACGGUAGUGGGCUUGUAUUUUGUCCGCCGGCGGCCGCUAGCCAAUGCACUGGCCUCCAUGGGACUCUCCAUGGGCGUCACCCUCUGGCCACUGCUGGCCCGAUAUCUUCUGGAAACCCUGGGCUGGAGGGGCGCCUUCCUCAUCUUCGGUGGCAUCUUACUCCACUGUUGUGUAUGUGGAGCCUUGCUGAGGCCUGUUGCCACCAACGAGGUCCCCGAGCCCAAAGAGGAUCCCCUUCUACCUCCCAAGAUACCUACACGCAGCUGCCUGGCAACAUGUGUCUCAACCAUUCGGUACCACCUGGCCUUUGACAUCCUUCGGCACAAUAUGGGCUUCUGCAUAUACGUCACGGGCGUGACGUGGAUGAACCUGGGUUUUGCACUGCCACAUAUCUUCCUAGUGCCGUACGCUAUGCAUCAUGGGGUGGACGACUAUUGGGCAGCCAUGCUCAUGUCCAUUGUUGGCUUCUGCAACAUCUUCUUACGGCCAAUGGCAGGGCUGCUGCUGGCAGGCAGGAAGAGCUUGGCUGCCUACCGGAAGUACCUGUUUGCUGUGGCGAUCCUCAUCAACGGGCUCACCAAUCUAAUAUGCACGGUGUCAGCCGACUUCCGGGUGCUCCUGGGCUAUUGCCUGGUGUACAGCCUGUCCAUGUGUGGAGUUGGGAUCCUCGUCUUCCAGGUUCUAAUGGACAUUGUCCCGAUGGAUCGGUUCCCCAGCGCCCUGGGCCUCUUCACCAUCCUGUGUGGCGUGACUUCUCUCAUCUCUCCACCAUUGGCUGGAUUGCUGCUGGACAAGACCAACAACUUCAGCUACGUUUUCUAUAUGUCGAGUGGCUUCCUCGUCUCAGGCUCUCUUAUCCUGGGUGUGGGCUUCUACGCCGCAGAGAAGAAGAAGCUGAAGCAAGAUGGGCAAGCCAAAAUGGAGAACGCUACCUCAGAGAUGACCCCAAUGCACGAUCUCACCUCAGAAGACAAGGACAGUGCCAAGAAGCAACCGUACCCUGAAAGCAUCUAUAUGACCAAUGUCUGAACUCCAGAGAUCCCAUGUGACCUAUCUCUGAGCUCUGAAGUCAGUGGGGGAAGCCUUCCUUCCAGGAAGUAGGAAAUAGAAGUGGGCCUUCCUGGCUUUCUUCCUUGGGUCCCAAGAAGAUUGGUCUGAGUCUUGCAGGAAGCAGUCAUGGCUAGCUACCUUGGACUGGCUCCUCCCAGCUGCUCCUACAACACAUCACUCUGGGGCGUCUCAUUCAUCCUUCCCAUGUCAACUGUUUUCAUCCUUCUUGGCCUCAGACUAUUUUGACAAAUUUGCCUUUCUUCCAAGAACUUACUUACUCUUCUUCUCUUCCCAAACAACCAACCAUGACCCCCCUCAGAUCAGGAAGGUUAAGAGUGCUGCAUCAAGAAGUUGAGUCUUAUGCUAACUGGAGCCAUAGCAGGCACAGAUGAAGACCAGUAAUACUGGUCCUGGCGCCUCUGCAGAGAGCAGGGAAAGAAACUUUUCUGCUGUCCUGGAAGGAGCCCUUUUACUUGGGUCUCAGAAGUUGUACAGUCUGAAGAGUCUUCUGCCAUUGAGCAGGGCCUGAGCCAGAAUCUCCUUUUACCAGACUCUAUCCACGUAUCCACGUAGGGGAAGGCAGACCUUGACUAACCAGGAGCCAAGAAGACAGGCUAGGUAACUUAAGGAACAUUAUAAAAACUGGCUUCUAUGUGCAAACCGUAGUCUGUGCUCUGCUCUUGGCCUCUGAGGUUCCCCUUUCUCCGGAAUGUGUUGGAGGUAUCAACCCUGAGGCAGAAACUGGCUAAAUCGGCAGCUGCUGCUAGCCUGAGCCCAUGGCCUGGAGCUAUGUCCACUUACUCGCUUCUGGUGCUGGUCUCUGAGGUCAUCUCUUAAGGCUAGCUGUCAUCAGCCCAGGCUUGUCGCAGCAGGGUACUCCAGGGAAGGGGAAAACGGUCUGAAUUAUAUACAAAAACAUUCCCUGCCGCACGGGUCAUGAACUCUGGACUAAGAAAAGCGGAAACCAGGCCUGAGUAAAUUUCCUCCAUUCCCUCAGGCUGGCAGGAACUUCUUGGGGUUGUUUGUUGGUUCAGGCUCCACCAGGCUCCAGCAAGAAAACCUUAUCAGGAAAAUGAUUUUAUUUUCAUGACUGACGCCAGCCAUCCUCCUCCACAAGUCCAUCUGGCAUGAAUAAGCAUCUUUAGGAGGCGAUCGGUUCCUCUAAGGUGCUGUCACGAGUGCCCCCUCAUGGUCAAAGGAAGUACUGCAGCCGUGCAUUUGCUGAGUUGCUUAUGUUCACUGUCUCUAGACCUUGGGUGGAGACGGCUGAGUAGGUAAAGGUGCUGGCUGCAUGCCGACAACUUGAGUUUGAUUCCUGGGACCCACAUGGACAAGGAGAGGCCCCACUACCACAAGUUGUUCUGUGGCGUGCCCAUGUGCGCGCACCAUACACACACACAAAUAAACGUUAUUAAAAAAA